UUCGACCGUCGCUCGUCGAAAAUGGUCACCUCCAAUAUCAUAAAAUAACAAAAGUCGUCGCUUCUGCGUAAAUACGAAUAUAUGUGCAAUGGAGUUUAGCACAGAUUUGAAUGGCUUCGAUGAGGACUCAAUCGAGCCAUGCAGAACGUGCGGGAUUUACUUUACCAUGGGCCUUGAUAUGGAUAAGGCAAUAGUAAAACCCAUUUUCGACUUGGAUGACUCCACCGUGGAUGGUAUGGCUGACAUUCUGGAGCAGUUAAGUGCUUGGAAUGUUAAGAUUGCACGGGGGGAUGGGCGACCGCAGUACAUGUGCAUUGCUUGCAUUUCCGAGUUUCACAGACUGAUCAAGUUCAAACGCGGCUGCCUGGAGACGCAGGAGCAGUUUGGCGAACUUGAGUACCAACGGGAGCAUAUCGUGAUUAAGCGUGAAAUCGAGCAGGAGGACCAAAAGUUUUGCGGAUUCAUAUAUCUGGACACUGACGAAGAGGAGAUCAGCGACGAGGACGGCAGCAGACGUGUCUGUGCUCCCUUCGAUAUACCUCAUGUGCCGAUAAAAGAGGAACACAUGGCCCGGGUACCAGUACAGACCAGUUCACAGUUUCAGUUACCGGAGCCCAAAGAGUUUGCUUUGCCGGUUGAGUCUGGAUUUGACAUGAUGGACAACGAUCCUUUGACCUCCAGUAUGUUUGCGCCGUCUAGCGAGGAUGCAUCUGGUACAGCGGAUGAUGAAGAGGAGGAUGAGAUAAUAAGGUUUACAUACGAUGACGAUGGCGAUCCCACAGCUCCGCUUCCAGCUCCUGUUUAUUCCCCGGUUGUCUCCUGCAAACUAUGCCUCCACGAUUCAUCAGACCAGGAGGCGCAUUUGGACCAUAUGCGCCGCAUCCACCUCCUUAAAGACUGGGAGUGCCACAUAUGCGCUAAAAAAUUCACUAAUACCCAGGAGUCACGUAUCAAGUUUCACCUAAAAUAUCAUAAGCUGCAGCAGCACAUUAAGUGUCCUGUUUGCGGGUUUAUAUGCAACUCAAAGGAUACUCUCAAGGAGCACAGGCAGCUAGUGCACGCUCGCACAAAGUGCAGCUAUUGUGGAAAAACUGUAAAGAAUACUAUGCUACAGACACAUUUGAAACAGCAUUUAAAGGAAGGUGAGGCCGAACUAGCUCAGAAACUGAAAGUACUGGAGCAAUUUCCAAUAAAAGUUUCCCCAACGAAGGCCUUUUCUUCCUCGCUUCCCUCUAUCAGCGAACCAACUUUGCCUGAGGAUACUUGUAUUAUUCAAUGUGCCUUCUGCAGCAAAACUUUCGAAGAAGCCCAGCAGCUGCAGGCUCAUGUGCUGGCUACUCACAAGAAAACGUCGAAAAGGCCUCGGUCUCCAGAAAACACUUUGCCAAUAAAGAUGACCAGGAAGAAGAUCCUUUCCUCGCCUGAGGAAACCGAGCAGCCAAGUACUGACCACGCAGAAAGUGAUUCCCAAGAAGACAGUUGUGAUGAAAAAGUCGACGAGAACAUAAGUGAAGUGAGCCUUAAUGGCCGCUCCAGUACCAAGCAGGUGCCAGAAAAAUGCUACAUCUCGUGUCACAUAUGUGGCAAGUUCUUUGACUUAAAAAUUAAGCUUAAUCGUCAUCUAAAACAACACAAGUCGGUUCCACAUAAAACCUUUUAGUUAGAAUAAUUUCAAGUUUAAAGUCAACUUCAAAUUUGCAAUUUGUUUGGCAGAACAACAUAAAGUCGAAAUAUUUUAAGAGUAUUAUGCAGUUAAUUGUCGACAAUUUAAAUCAGUCAUUAUAUGAAUUAUAUCCCUAUUAAAGAUAUUAAAAAUUUUCACUGUAUAUUAAUUAAAUGAUAUUAGUUUGAGACGCGUUUAACGAAGCAAAAGAUUGUAAAGAUAUGAAACUAAAGCAAAUUAUGUAAUUGUACUGUAAGCAAAGAUAUUAUUUUUGA